AUGACUUCCGAAGAAGUUGAAACAACCGAAAAGAACAAGACGGUUCCUGAGUCACCGUCGACGUUUUCAUCACUACCAGACGAAAUCACAGAGAACAUUCUUGCCCGUGUGUCGAGAUGGAACUACUCAUCGCUCUCUCUUGUCUCAAAGAGAUUUCACUCUCUCGUAUCAUCUAAAGAUAUCUACAAGACGCGAUCUCAAAUAGGAGCCGACGAAACAUGCCUCUAUUUCUUGUUAAAGUUGCACGAUCAUCCGUGUGUGAGCUGGUUUAGCCUUAGGUUUAAGCCGGACUCAAGUGGAUAUUUGAUUGUUCCUAUACCGUCCUCUUGUACCGAUUCAUUUCCCGAACUAAGUUACAUCGUAACGGUUGAUUCGGACAUCUACAUAAUCGGUGGAAGCCACAAGGAACCGUCUUCCUCGGUUCGGAUCUUUGACUGUAGGAGUCACACUUGGCGGGAUGGCCAUAACAUGACCGUGGCUAGAGAAAAUGCUCAGACAGUUAUACUCGAUGAGAAAAUAUAUGUGAUAGGAGGUUGCGAUAUUGACGAGUACAAUGCUAACUGGAUUGAGGUAUUCGACAUCAAAAGUCAGUCUUGGUCAGCCUUGCCUGGUCCUGGCGCUGAUGAAGAUGAGUUACGUAAUCACUUACGCGAGUAUAGUGAGUACUAUUAUAUAGUUAAUGUCUUCGGAGGAAAAAUAUACGUAGUGGUAAAUGAGAAGGACUACACUUACGAACCGAAAAAUGGUAUAUGGAAACUUGUAAGAGAGAAACCGGGUUUCAUAGAUACCGUACGUGGUUGGUGUGAGAUGGGGAAUUUAAUAUAUGGUUGCACUGACUCCGGUAACUUAAUGUGGUCUGCCUCUGAGUUUGAGGGUAGAGAGUGGAGAGAGAUUAAGGGUUUGGAAAAACUCCGUGAGCAUCCUACAGGAGGUCAUAAAAUUGGGUAUGAGUUUGAACUGGUUGACUGUGGUGGCCAACUUUUAGUUAUGUGGGAUCCGUAUCCCUUAGAGCCUAUGGAACGAAGCAACAAAAUUUGGUAUGCAAAGAUUUCUUUAGAAUCAAGAUGCAAUGGACGUGAGGUGUGGGGCAAUGUUGAGUGUGUUGAUGUGCUUACUUUUCCCGUCGAAUCAUAUGAACGGUUUUGUUGUGUUGAUGCGACGGUUUGA